CAUACACACUUGUCAACCUUAACCAGAUCUGGCAAAUCUUGUCGGUUUUCAGCUGACUUGCUCCACCACCUCCAGUGAACGACAAAAUGCAGGCUGCAAACAAGAGCGAGGUCUCUAGCACCCAACGGACGACCUAUACCCGUACAUCCUCUGAUUCUGGUCGUGUCAGUAGUCCAAGUACCACAACUUCAAAGCCCACAUUCACUACUAGCGUGAUAACUCAGGAUGUCGACCCCAUCAUCCAUGAGAUUCGGCGAGAGGAACGAGACCAGAUUAAGUCACUGAAUAACCGUUUUGCCGGCUUCAUCACCAAGGUUCGUAACCUUGAGCAACAAAACAAAGUCUUGGAGACAAAAUGGACUCUGUUGCAGCAGCAGGGAGGUUACAGUUCCAGCAACGAGGAUAUGUACAAGGCAUAUAUCAAUGCCCUCAGCCGACAACUCGAUGGCUUUCAUCAGGAUAAAUCGCGGUUGGAUGGCGAGCUGGAACAGAUGCACAGGGGAGUGACCGGCCUCAAGAUACAGUAUGAAGAUGAGAUGAAUAAUCGUGCUGGAAUGGAAAAUGAUUUUGUUACUCUGAAGAAGACGGUUGAUGAAUCGUAUCUGACAAAACAUCAACUUGUGGAUAAACUCGAUGGACUCAUCAGUGAACUUGACUUCUUGAAACAGGUCUAUGAUGAGGAAAUCCAUGAACUGCAUUCUCAAAUCAAGGAUAUUGCUGUCACUGUUGAACUUGAUAAUAGCCAAGAUGUGGACUUUCAGGAAAUUGUCACUCAAGUGAAGACUCAGUACGAAUUGUUGGCAUUGAAGGGCCGUGACGAGGCUCAGGCUAUGUACAAAUCCAAGUUCAAUCAACUCUCACAGUCUGCUGUUAAGUAUGAUGACGAGCUGCGCUUCCUCAAGAAUGACAUCACAGAAACAAGCAGGAGAAUCACGAAAAUGAACUCUGAGGCAGAUUCGCUGAAGAACCAGCGCAAUUUGUUGGAAGCAGCCAUAGUUGAAGCUGAAGGACGGGGAGAGCUAAAUUUGAGAACCACCAGGGCUAAGAUUGCAGCAAAAGAUGAAGAAAUAUUCAAGGCAAAGCAGGAAGCAGCCAAGAAAAUACGGGAAUACCAAGAACUGAUGAAUGUCAAAAUUGCUCUGGAUUGUGAGAUUGCAACCUACAGGAAAAUGCUGGAGGGAGAGGAGAUCAGGAUUGGUCAGCAACUGAAGUCAAAUCUUUACCAAAAGUCCACACCAACGAUCUCUGACGUUACAAUUUCCAGAAGUUAUUCAAGUGAACAACAGGAAUCCUCAAUGAAUAGAGACAAUCAGCAGAAUUUCUCCUCUGGUUCAAUUGGAAAGAAAGCCAUCAUGGUGAAAACGGUUCAGUCAACUCAAAGAUCAUCAUCCUGAAUGGGGUCUGACAGCUAAUAGCUGGUGCAAAAAGAUGAUGACCACCUAUAACAUCAUUUUUUUUUAAAUGAAACAAAUGGGAACUGAUAACAACAGUAAUCCCUUUCAAUUAUAAUAAUCAAGACAAUUCAUUCUUCUCUCCAUUUAGUUUGUGUGAGUUAUAUCUGUGCUUAGGGUCUUUCUGGGCUGAAAUUGUUAAAUAAACUGUUGCCAAUUUUUCCAGCCAUAAUUAAAUUAAAUAUUCUUCCCCUCAAUCAUAAUGCAAGUCAUCAUGGUAAUAAUGUAUGUAAAGAAUCAUGUCAGAAGCAACAAAGUUCAAAUGUGCAAUAUAACUGACCAUCAAGUUCUCUGAGCAAAAUAUUAAAAUGCAACAAUCUUAGUGUAAUUGUAUGAAGGGAAGAAUGAAAACGUUGAUUGAGAUUUCACUGCUGGCUGUGGGUUAUUCUUUGAUAGAAUUGAUUACGUCAGUCAUGAUGGCUCCUGAUUAAUAAUAAUUAAACAUAAACUCUCUAUGCUUCAUGUUAGAUGUUGUGUUGCAUCUUUGCUAUCGUAGAGUGAGAUGUAAAGGCUGUCCUUUGCAUUUCAGUUUUGUACUCCCUUCCUUCAAUUUAUAUAUAAUAAACUUUGCGCCAAUA